CAGGGAGAAGCAGUGGAUAUCCGAUGUGAAUGGUCUGCGGGAUUUCCUGGUGGCAGCUGACGGAAGCUGCUGCUACGGGAUAGUACAGUACCACAUAGCACAGACGAGUGGCGGUGGACAAGAGAAUUAUCCCUUAUGAAAUUUCAGUAAAUAUUGACGACUUUCCAUAGUCACUGAGUUUAUGAUAUAACUUUACGUUUCUGAUCACUGUUGCAAUGUCUGCAGCAGCUGCCACUAGCGGUUCAUCCUCAGGAGGGAUGCCCAGUUCUGGCCCAGUGGGAGGUAUGUCAAUGUUCCGCUGGUUGGAGGUCCUGGAAAAGGAGUUCGACAAGGCAUUUGUAGAUGUAGACUUACUGCUGGGAGAAAUCGACCCAGACCAGGCCGAUAUCACUUAUGAGGGUCGUCAGAAAAUGACUAGCUUAAGCUCCUGCUUUGCUCAGCUAUGUCAUAAAGCUCAGACAGUGUUUCAGAUGAACCACAAACUGGAGGCCCAACUAGUGGAUUUAAGAUCAGAACUGACAGAAACCCAGGCUGAAAAAGUUGUGCUGGAAAAGGAAGUACAUGAUCAGCUGUUGCAGCUACAUGCUGUCCAGCUCCAGCUGCAUGCUAAAACUGGUCAAACCGCUGACUCUGGAGUCAUCAAAGCAAAACUGGGUUCAACAGAUCCAGUUGUUAGGACGGGAUAUGAAAGGACCAGCCCAUGACAAAUUAUGGAACCAGUUAGAAGCAGAAAUACAUCUGCAUCGUCACAAAACUGUCAUACGUGCAUGUCGAGGUCGCAGUGACCCAAAGCAUCCACAGCCUACACCUCCUGGACAUGAUCCAGAUGCUUACAAGAAGAACCAAGGAGUUGGCCCUAUCAGGAAAAUCCUUCUAAUCAAAGAGGACCAUGAGGGGCUUGGCAUUUCAAUCACUGGUGGGAAGGAACAUGGAGUGCCUAUUCUUAUCUCUGAAAUUCAUCAUCGGCAGCCAGCUGAACGAUGUGGCAUGUUGCAUGUCGGAGAUGCAAUACUAGCAGUCAAUGGAAUGAACCUGAGAGAUGCCAAACACAAAGAAGCCGUUACAAUUCUUUCACAGCAGAGAGGAGAAAUAGAGUUUGAAGUGGUGUAUGUUGCUCCUGAAGUGGAUUCAGAUGAUGAGAAUGUGGAGUACGAAGAUGAGACUGGCCACCGUUACAGACUUUACCUUGAUGAACUGGAGGAGGGUGCAAAUACUACUACAAGUGGAAAGGAUGCAAGUAGAGAUGCUAGGCCAUUGCAAGACAUAGAAAAGAACCCAGUCGUGGAUGGUUUUCAGAAUGGGGAUGCUGGAAUCUCAAGUGAAACUCUCUCUGAAGAUACUACUACGAAAUCAGUAGAUUCCUUGUCAUAAAAUGUUUGCAGUCCAUUGUAGAAUGGAAAGAAUUGACUGUUGAGUACAUUCAUAACAGACUGGUCCAUUACAGACUGCUUUAAAGUUACUGAGAGGCUGCAUGGCAGAUUUUCAGGAGGAUGCUGUGAUUAUCAAAGUGCUCCGCAGCAGAAUACCCUAACUGUGGAAACAAACAAGCCAUAAUAGUAAUGGUUGUUACUUGAUGUAUUUGUAAUAGGACAGGUCACAGGAUUGGAAACGAUAUGGCAGAGCAUGUGAUUAUUUUUAGAAACCGGUACCUGUGGUUCGUUCUCUGUCUGCAUCUGUUAUUUACCUGUACUCUGUGGAUCCACUUGAAUAUAUUUAAGAUUGUGUACUGGGGGUUUUCAUAUAGUUACUCUUUUGUGUAACCACAGCUGAUGUUUAUUGGAAGAGAGGACUGUACUUCUAAGUGAUUUCCAUCCAUUUCUAGUUUGUAUGUUUAUUUAAAGUGAAUGCUCAUACACUAUCCAUCUUCAAGCUAAAUAGGCAAAAUAAUUGUCGAAAGGGAGCUGUGCAUCGUUCUCCAAAGAAAUGCAUUGUUAAAAUAUUUUUUUCUGCACUGUAUGUAGUUUCUGUUUUUGCACAACUAAGGAUUAUUUAGUUGGAUAUCUGAGUAUACAGCUGUGUUAUUACCUGAUUCAGUGCAGUUAAAUUUGCAACAAUAUUGUUUGUUCCAUUACAGAUUUGCAAACACAGUGUAAAAAAAUGCCAGGAAUUAAAUCAUUAUGUAAUGAUAGUCAUGUGCCUCAUUUAGUUGAGCUUUAAGGUCUGAAGAGGACAUGAAAGAUAGUGUGAGUGCCGCACAUUUGCAACAUUUAGCUGUGAAGAUAUUAUUCCUAGUGUUCACCUAUAACAGUGUUGGAAAAUAUGUUUUUUUUUUUUUUUAAACACCCCAAAUUGCUUGAAAGCAGCUUUAUGCAUAGCAUUUGUAUUCUUGUGUGAUCUGAAAACAGGGGAAUCUGUCUGGGAAAAGAGAAAGGACAAAAGUAUUGCUAAAAAAGUAGUCUGCUAUGACCAUUCAUACAGUUUUUGCAACAUAGCACUCAUUAAUUUUACUUUUGAAGUCUUUGCACUGUAGUCUAGUUGUAUAUUAAAAUGCCUCUGACUGAAGCUGGGUGAACUACCUUUUCUUUUUAAUGAGUGCUGGAAUUUUCUGGAUAGUAGAGCAGGCUGAGCUGUCAGAUGAUGUAUUGUUUUCCGCUAGUCGCCCCUCUGUGCAGUGCUGUUGUAAUUAACUUACUUAAUGUGAUCUGGUGUUUUUCACUUUGAAGUGUACUGUAGAUUUUUGAGAUAUAAUACCAAGUAAUACCAGUACUGAAAUUAAUUGCAAGAUGCUUUGAGCUUAUGGCAGCCAGGAGUUAUUGGUACUUAAUUUGUUAUCUGUUACAGCAGUAACAUUUUAUCCUAGUAUGGAAGUAAAGGUUGAAAAAGCAGAUGUGUUAUAAAAAUAUGGUCAGGACAAUUUUCUUAGUGUAUGUGUACCGUAACUGUUUUUUAGUUGGUCUUUCUCCAGGUGAUUGGAAGGGUUUAAACAGACUAGCUCUCAGGUAUUUGCCCAUUAGAAAUUAAGAAGUCAGGGAAAUUGCAGUAUUUUUUUAAUUAAAACUAUUUUAAAACAAACGGUGACUUACAAGUGCAGUAAUGUUCUCUGCAGUGGGUAUUUACAUAUAUUUUUAUUCUGUUAUUAGCCUUCCUGUACUGUUUGAGUGAUGCAUAUAUUUUAUCAAAUUUAUGUGAAUGUUAGCAGUAAUUGUUUUCUUGCAGUAGCGUAACAUAGUAUAGCCAAAGCAGGAAAAAACAGCAAGUUCCAUCACCUGAGUUUACUUAACUCAGAAGUACAUCUGCAAGUUAAACACCUAUGUGUUUGUUUUCUAUGUGGAUCACUGUAGUAAGAAUAUUGACAGAAGUGAGAGAGUUUCCAUUACACUGUUGUGAUGCCAGUGAACAUGUAGCCUCCGCUCUUUUAGCAGUGCCACAGUGUGAUUGUAGUCUUCUGAGAGAGAGUAAAAGAUAGCAUGUUUGUACACUUUAGUGUUUCAUAGUAUGUAAAUGCAGAAGUAAUACAGUACAACCUCCUAGAAAGCAGCCUUCUGUCAGGUAAAUAAGUGUAAUAUAAACUUCUCACUUACCCUUGAAGGACUUGUGAUGUGAAACACAUUUAUUCAUAUUUUAGGUGCACUAUAUAGCUGUUUAUAUAUAAAUAUAUUAAAAAUCUUAAAAAUGUAAAUAUAUAUAUAUAUAUUCUCUUAAAUUUUGCUAUUUAUAAAAUUCAUUUUACGUUAUAUGUUGGUCUUCACAAUGGAGAUGAUUUUUACUGUUCUCCUGAAUUUUCAUUUAUUGAUGCACCAUCCUUAAUAGCAUAGCUCGCAAUGGAUUUAAGUAUUUUUUUCUUAAGAUUGUAUUAUAUUGCUUACAGUUAUGUAGGACUUUUUAUUGUUUACAUGUGUAAAAGUAAUUGUCUUACAGGUUAAAAAAGGAUUCACAAAUGAUAUGAGUGUCACAUGGGUUUCAGAACCAGUCACCAAGCAUUUGUACAUGUUAGGAAUCCUUGUACUGUUAGGGUUGUCAAGUGUGCUUUACUUACACUGAGGCAGGAGUAUAUUGGACUUCUAUGUACAUAAACUGAAUAUAAAGCAGAAGACCAAAGUACCUUUUUCUUCUGAUUGUCAGAUUGCACAGAAAAUGUUAGCAUACUACUCUAGCACCUUUGGUUCAUACUGAUUCUGUCACGUUAUCAUUAUGUUUGAGAGGGGCAUUCCUUUAAUCAUAAAUAUGAGUUUGCUUUAGUCGGAAAGUGGUUUGUAUUGUACAGUUCUGCUUGCCCGUUAUAAGUCUAUAGAAACCUUGAUUUCUUGAUUUGUAUCUUGUCUUCUUUUUUUUUUGGGUGGGGUUCCCCUUGUCAUGCCUGAUUUUCACGUUAUCGGGGCAGCUUUGUUCUUCUUGUUUAUAGUAUGAUUGCACUUGAUAGCAAGUUUUGCAUUCCCUGUGCUAAAUCACCCAGUGAUUGCUGGAUACUUGUAUUUUGGUAAAGGCAAAGGUGUCAAGAUCAGCACCUAUGAGACUGUUAUUGCUUUUGUCUCCCUGUUUCAUCCUUAUUAUACUGUUAAUCAUGUAGCUGAUCUGUAAAAGGAGCCACAUUAUGUCAUCCUGUCUGCUUGUACUUGUUCGUUAACAAAAAUCUCAAAUAGUUAUUGCCAUACUAGUAACAGGUUAACCAUUUGUAUGUUGCAUGUUCAGAAAGGUGUCACUGCUCUUAUUUUAGACGUGUGACUGUUUCUGUGCUGUGUCUUUGUUGUAUGUGUCCUAAGUAUUUCACAGAAUGGCAGCGCACCUUCAUUUUUUUUGAAAACCGAAAUAACAGCUUGUUACAAGAAUAGGACCCGGUUGUAAAGUGACCAGCUCUUAAGUGAUAGAUUUCAGGAACUGCAAAAGGGUUGACACUUAAUGUCUUUUUUCAAAAUUGAUGAGAUUUUAAACAAUCACCAAAAAUAAUUGAAAACUCAUAUUAAGAUCUCUGAUGAUUUUGUUCAUUCCGACUUUCAGGAAGCAUUACGAAUAAGCCUGUCAUUUGCGAAAAAUAACACUGGUAGUGGCAGUACUUCAAGGUUUACUUUAUUGCUGUGCAAACUCAUGUUCCUACUUACACCCACCCCUACCACUAUAGAUAUAUAUAUAUAUAUAUAUACAU